UGGGUCAGCGACUGUGAGAGUCAGCGCUCGCGCCGCGCGCGCCGCCCGCCUCUGCCGCUCGGCCUCCCCCAUUCGGGCUGCGAGGGGGCGGGCGCGCGCUCCGGAGCAUAGAGACGGGCGUUGAGCUCGGCGGCCUAGAGCGUCGCCGGAUCGGAGCCGGAGCCCGAGUCGCGCGCUGUGUCUCUGCUGCGUCCGCCGAGGCGAGGCUCCGAGUGUCAGGGACAAAAGCCGCCGCCGCACCCUCUGCUCCCGUCGUCGGGGCUCAUCCGCCGCCGCCGCUGUCCCGACGAGGAGUCCGCCGCCGUCGUUCCCCGUGAGGAUCCGAGAGCCAUGUCGGCCAGCAGCCUCUUGGAGCAGAGACCAAAAGGUCAAGGAAACAAAGUACAAAAUGGUUCUGUGCAUCAAAAGGAUGGACUAAAUGAUGAUGAUUUCGAACCUUACUUGAGCCCACAGGCAAGGCCGAAUAAUGCAUAUACUGCCAUGUCAGACUCCUACUUACCCAGUUACUACAGCCCCUCCAUUGGCUUUUCCUAUUCUUUGGGUGAAGCUGCUUGGUCUACUGGAGGUGACACAGCCAUGCCCUAUCUAACUUCUUAUGGACAACUGAGCAACGGAGAGCCCCACUUUCUACCAGAUGCAAUGUUUGGGCAACCAGGAGCCCUAGGUAGCACUCCAUUUCUUGGUCAGCAUGGUUUUAAUUUUUUUCCCAGUGGGAUUGACUUCUCAGCAUGGGGAAAUAACAGUUCUCAGGGACAGUCUACUCAAAGCUCUGGAUAUAGUAGCAAUUACGCUUAUGCACCCAGCUCCUUAGGUGGAGCCAUGAUUGAUGGACAGUCAGCUUUUGCCAAUGAGACCCUCAAUAAAGCUCCAGGCAUGAAUACUAUAGACCAAGGGAUGGCAGCACUGAAACUAGGUAGCACAGAAGUUGCAAGCAGUGUUCCAAAAGUUGUAGGCUCUGCUGUUGGUAGUGGGUCCAUCACUAGUAACAUUGUGGCUUCUAGCAGUUUGCCUCCAGCUACUAUUGCUCCUCCAAAACCAGCAUCUUGGGCUGAUAUUGCUAGCAAGCCUGCAAAACAACAGCCUAAACUGAAGACCAAGAAUGGCAUUGCAGGAUCAAGUCUUCCACCACCCCCAAUAAAGCAUAACAUGGAUAUUGGAACUUGGGAUAACAAGGGUCCUGUGGCAAAAGCCCCCUCACAGGCUUUGGUUCAAAAUAUAGGUCAGCCAACCCAGGGAUCUCCUCAGCCUGUUGGACAGCAGGCCAAUAAUAGCCCACCAGUGGCUCAGGCAUCAGUAGGGCAACAGACGCAGCCAUUGCCUCCACCUCCACCACAGCCUGCUCAGCUCUCAGUCCAGCAACAGGCAGCUCAGCCAACUCGCUGGGUAGCACCUCGGAACCGUGGCAGUGGGUUCGGUCAUAAUGGGGUGGAUGGUAAUGGAGUAGGACAGUCUCAGGCGGGUUCUGGAUCUACUCCUUCAGAGCCUCACCCGGUGUUGGAGAAACUUCGGUCCAUUAAUAACUAUAACCCUAAAGAUUUCGACUGGAAUCUGAAACAUGGCCGGGUUUUCAUCAUUAAGAGCUACUCUGAGGACGAUAUCCACCGUUCCAUUAAGUAUAAUAUCUGGUGCAGCACAGAGCAUGGUAACAAGAGACUGGAUGCCGCCUAUCGUUCCAUGAAUGGGAAGGGUCCCGUGUACUUACUUUUCAGUGUCAACGGCAGUGGACACUUCUGUGGAGUUGCAGAGAUGAAAUCUGCUGUGGACUACAACACAUGUGCAGGUGUGUGGUCCCAGGACAAAUGGAAGGGUCGUUUCGAUGUCAGAUGGAUUUUUGUGAAGGACGUUCCCAAUAGCCAACUGCGACACAUUCGUCUAGAGAACAACGAGAAUAAACCAGUGACCAACUCUAGGGACACUCAGGAAGUGCCUCUGGAAAAAGCUAAGCAGGUGUUGAAAAUCAUAGCCAGCUACAAGCACACCACUUCCAUUUUUGAUGACUUCUCACACUAUGAGAAACGCCAAGAGGAAGAAGAAAGUGUUAAAAAGGAACGUCAAGGUCGUGGGAAAUAGAAAGCGGUUCUGCAUAGACUGCAGCAACGGUUGCAUCUCCUUAUCCUAAGAGGACACGAUGACCUGCAAGAAAAUUAGGACUUUUUUUCUUAAUUUCAUUGACUUCAGAGACAAUUGCAAACUUGCAGUUUAUGUAUUGGAAUUUCACAAAAGACAUAGGACUUAACUGGAAAAUGGAAAAAAAAAAGGAAAAAAAGAAAAAGAAAAAACCUAAACAAAAAUUCCCUCUAGGUAGUUUAGGUAAAAAAAUGUCCCUUUUAUUUUGGCUUUGGUUGUGAUUCAGAGCAUAAUGCUUUGGUUUUUUUUUUUGUUUUUUUUUUUUUUUUUGUCUUUUUACUCUAUUUUUCGGAUUUUUAAGUCCGUAAGUGCAUACAAUUUUCUCUUAAUUUUUAAACCCUUUCCUCCCCCAUUUUGACAUUUGCACUUGGAGAACACUUGAGUUGCGCAGAUUUUGGGUGUCCACCCCAGAAAGUGGGAAUUUGAUUUUUCCCUUCCGAACUGGAAGAAAAUUUUUAUGAAGAAUUUUUGUCUAGGAAAGUUUAAUAACAGUGUUACCCAAGGUUGUGUCUGUAAGGGUGGCUCAUUUUCUCUGACCCUUUGUUACUCAAAGUAAAGUACUAGGAGUCCUAAGAAAUGUUCUGUUCUUGUGUAUUAUACUGAUUAAGUCAGGAUUAAUUUGAUUUCAAAGCUAAGAACAGUGAUAAAAACUUGUUUUCAGAAAUGCAUUUUGGAAGAGAAAACAUUGUAAAACAUGUAGUGAAUGUUUCUUCAGUUUCUUGUUCAGCCAAUGAGGAAAGGGCAUUGCCUUUCUUUUUCCCAUUAAUCACUUCUCAAUAAACGUGAGAGCCUGUCGAGCAUCACUCCAGUACCACUUAGUAUUAUUUGAGUCUCUGUGUUUGGGGAGAGAUUUUGGAGUCUAAGGAGUUUUGAGAGGUGACCUAGUGACUCACUUUAGACAGUUUGUGUUAAUGGCCCUGCAUGGUGUUGCAUGCCUGUAAUCCUUGCAUUUAGGAGACGGGAGCAGGAUGGAUGAGGUCAGAGGUUAUCCUCAGGCCAGUUGGGCUACAUGAGACCCUGUCAACAAAAAGGUUGUAUUGGAAGGACAUUGCUUUGUACCCAAGGACUAGAAACCUGCUGUGACGAUAUUCAUAAUGCCUGUUUCUGGUUCUUUAUAUAGAGAAAACACAGCACUGCUAAACCAUUCAGCAGUAUUUGUGUGUAUGGUGCCAGGUACUGUGCUAAUUCCAUAGGAACCUCACCCUGUAAAAAGAGGUGGCACCCACUAUCCCAGUAUGUAAGUGUCUGAUCCAGUAUAUGGCUGAUUUAGACAGUAUGCCCCAGAGAUGUAGGUCCCAAAAAUGAAAUUCUAGUGGAACUCACAGAGGAAUUUGUUUCUUUCCCUAAGGCUUAAUUAAAAGGCUUUUCUGCUUUAGAGAGUCUUUACUCUUAAGAUGUCCUAAUUCUAGAGGGUUAAAUGUUCAAAAACUCUAUACUAAGAGAUUCUGGAAAUAAAGCUUAAUACUGUGGACAGUGUUACACUGGAAUGCAGGGCCGUGCUCACACAGCCAGACUGCUAAGAAAGGCAGCUCAGGGAUGCUGGGAUAUCGCUCAGUCAGCCGGUGUGCCCUGCGCCAUCAAGGAAAAGCAGUGUUGGUUUCUAGCAUUGUAGCCAGCAAAGGCACGGCAAAGGCUUGUGCAUAUUUGUUUCUGCCAAGUUUUUUUUUUUUUAAAGGUUUAUUUAUGCAUAUGAGCACGCUCUCUUCAUGCACACCAGAAGAGAGCAUCAGAUCCCAUUACAGAUAGCUAGCUGUGAGCCACCUUGUGGUUUCGGGGAAUUGAACUCAGAAUCUCUGGAAGAGCAGUCAGUGCUCCUGACCGCUGAGCCACUCUCCAGCCACCUCUGCCAAACUUUUUAUUAUAAAAUAUAUCUUCAAUAUUGGAGUUCUCAGUGUUUUUGUUAGUUGGAAUAUACAAAUUUUUUACAUUUAAUUAAAAAAAAUGUAUGUGC